AUGGCAUUUAAUCAGAUUAUGGAUAUUGAUUGUCGAAUCUCUGCGAAUACAUUUUCACAUAGUGUUCGAACUAAUUAUCCAGAUGUAUUUUUAUGUAAAACUUUACUUGAUGCAAUCAGACACAUUCUUAGCAAUAAUUCAUUUCAAGGAAGUCAUGCAACGUUAACUGAGGAUCAAGAGCAAAUCUUUGAAAUAAUUGAGAACUUAAACACAUGUCCAGACACGAUGUUUAAAUACUUACGAAAACAUUUUGCGAAACAUUUUGAUAUUGAUUUAUAUAUUAUGGCUUUCAUUAAUGAAAAAUUUUCGUUAAUCCAUGAUGAUAGUUAUGAUAAAGCAAACGUAGCUUAUUUACUACUCAAUAAAGAUAAUACAGUUCAGGGACCCUUAUAUAUCACAAGUGUUAAUGGUAAUAAUGAGACCGUCUUUUCCAAAGGCGAUCCUGAUAUUCAUGUAGAUAUGUAUAUAUAUUUGGCUCAUCUCAAUAAUACCAAACCAUCAAGUGAUAUCCCUCAAAUACAAGAGCAACAAGCUGUCCAUUGUAUGCAAGAACUUAUUGAAAAUUCAUCAAUCGAUGAUAUUUCAAAUUUGACAAAUCAAAUAAAUCUCUCUAACUCUGUUCAAAUAGAUGCUAAGAUUCAAUUUCGUAUUUUACUUAAGCAAUUUUUACAGCAAAUGUUUCGAUUAACUGAUGAACUUCCAAUAGAUGCUCAUCUAAUGAAUGAAGCUAGCCAACAAUUCGAAAAUAUUUCAGUUAAUAUUCUUGAAUCUAUACUUCCUAGUCAUCCAUGCAAUCCAACUAUCGAAAUUAAUUAUAUGCAUUCUACUGAUUUUUCAACCAACUUACAAUAUGAAACGAAUCAAAUUGUAUCUGAUGGUGAAGCUCCAUUAAAUAUUUCUGUACCAACAAUCUAUGGCCCACCAACAUUGAAGAAACCAUUAAAAAAUACAUUUCAUCCUCGAAAUUUAAAAGAAUUCGCAAAGACUAGAAGUUCUCCUAUACAGUGCAUUAAUUCCAAACAACGUGAAGCAUUACAAAUAGAAGUUCCUCCUGAUGAUGAUAAUUUAUUAUAUCUUGCUACAGAACUUCGUAAUCUUGAUGGACAAAUUCAUCUAGCAAAAGUUAUUGUUCCAGAUAAAACAACGACAAGGAAUGAAUCAUUAAUAAAUAAUAAUGAUCGGAGAUGUUUGAAAUUUGACAAAUGUCAUCCAGAUGAUAUAGUCGAUCUUUGUAACAACCGGAUCUAUUCAAAAAUCAGUUCGCAAGAUCGUCAAGCUUUAGUAAAAAAGUAA